AUGGAGGACAUACUCAAUGAGAUAAUUUCGUUGAGUGAGGAGAAGCGGGGGAGGAAGUUUGGGUCCCAAGGAGGGGGGGACCAUGAGGAUGAUAGGCAAACGAACCUGAGCGGGGAGAAGCGUCACGGGGGAAAGGCCCCCCAAAGCACGUGGGACUCCUCCACUGUGUGCUCCGUGGAUGAUGAGGCCAUGAGCGCGGAGAAGGCUAGUCUGUUCAGUCGCAUAAUAAAUGAGCGAAGGAGGAAGAGCGGGGGGAGAAGCCGAAACAACAACGAGGAGGAGACACACUUUGGGGACAUCCACCAAGACAUCGAGCAAGGCAUCAACGAGUCCUCCAAUCGAACCACCCACCAGGCCACACACAGAUCUGUGGACGAGCACACCCCGCUAUGUCAACAGACGAACAACUUCAACUCCUACCUCCUCACCGUAAAUCAAAUCAACACACACAUCUCAUGCAUAUAUAAAAAUAUUGACAAAAUAAACGCGUGGAAACAAAAAAUCGAUUUUAAUAUAUACGACACAGAGGAACUUAACGCGAAAAUUAACUCAACGAUUUCAAAUACGGAGGAUAUCAUAUCAGAAGUUAAAAUAAGCCUUUUUAAUUUAAACGAGGAGAAUAAACAAUUCGAGAUAAGUCCCAAUCUCCUCCUGAGUGAAGUUAAAUUGAGGACAAAUAUUUUUAUUGAUGUCGUUCAAAAAUACAAAGCUUGUGUUAAUAAAUAUAAGAGUGUGUGUUGUCAUUACUAUGAGCAUGUGAAUGCGAAUUUGUUAAAACAGUAUAGGUUGAUAUGUCCUAGUGUGACUGAUGGUGAAGAUCGGCGGGGGAGGAGGAGGAGCAGCGGUAUGCCACAGGGAAAGGUGUGCAAGGGGGGGAGAGCAUCAGGAGGAGCGGCAGGAGGAGCGGCAUCAUCAGGAGGAGCCGACCUGGAUGACAUCGAACAGUUUUUCAAUCUGCAAAAGAAGAACAGCUACAGCAACUUGGGGGACCAUAUACACCCAAACGAUGCCGAUAGGGUGAACAUACAAAAGAUGAAAAAAAGAUACAAGGAGUUGAAGACUCUGGAAAGGAAUAUAUCUGCAUUGAAUGAGUUGUACAUCGAGUUAGCUUAUGUUGUAAAAAAAAGGACGAACUAUAUUAAUAGUAUAGAAAAUAAUGUAUACCAAGUGAAGGACUACACGGACGAUGCUCUACACAAUAUUGUUGCUGCCAAGAGGUACCAUGCACUUGUAAAGAAGAAGCUUUUCUACUUCAGCGUCUUCCUCCUUGUCGUGGCACUUGUAAUUUUGUUCCCCGUUUUUUUCAACUACUCCGUCUAUUGA